UUAAUAAACACACACACACACACACGUCUGAUGAACCUUUUAUGAUUUAUUGGGCUUCUUUAUUCAGUAAAAUCAAGAAAUACCCAGAUUGUCUUUUUUCUUUCCCUUUUCCAUUUUUCUCCGAUUCUUUAUUACUUUUAGGCUUGUUUUGUCUAUUUCAUGUGUAUUGAGAUAUGGGCUUAGUAUCUUGUGUAUAUUUAUAGGAGUGAGUGAGAGAGAUACUCCAUAAGAGAAGGGUCAUUUUCUUUUGUUAUCUUUUGGCUCUCACAUUAUUAAAGAUUGGAUUUUGUGGGAUUGUGAGAGCAUUUGAAUUGGAAUGGAACUCAAUUCAAGAAACGUCAACAAGUUCAAGAAAAUAUGUGUCUUCUGUGGGAGUAAUCCAGGCCACAGACAAGUCUUCAGUGAUGCAGCUAUUGACUUGGGAAAUGAACUGGUGAAGAGGAAAAUAAACUUGGUUUAUGGAGGUGGGAGUGUAGGGCUAAUGGGACUAUUGUCACAGAGAGUUUAUGAUGGUGGUUGCCAUGUUCUUGGAGUUAUCCCUAAAGCGCUUGUUCCUGUUGAGAUAUCAGGAGAGACCGUUGGGGAAGUGAGGAUCGUUUCUGACAUGCACGAAAGGAAGGCUGAUAUGGCUCGUGAGGCUGAAGCGUUUAUCGCUCUUCCAGGUAUAAAACUGAAGCUUUGUUUCAUUUUGAUUCUUAGUUUUGUAAUUGCUGAGCAGCGUUUGAACUUCUUAGGAGGAUAUGGAACGAUGGAGGAGUUACUCGAGAUGAUAACUUGGGCACAGCUUGGGAUCCAUAAAAAGCCAGUUGGCUUGCUAAACGUUGAUGGCUACUACGACCCUUUGCUUGCGUUAUUCGAUAAAGGUGUUGAAGAAGGCUUCAUAAAACAAGCUGCUAGGCACAUAGUUCUUUCAGCUCCUACUGCUGAAGAGCUGCUAACAAAAAUGGAGCAGCACGCCCCUUUUGAUGACCACGUUGCGCCUCAUGAAAGCUGGCAGAUGGAGCAACUGGAGAACUACGCACCGAAGAGAGAGAAGUGAGGGGGAGUUCCUUUUCGUGGUAGGCCUAUCGACUCGAUAGAAACCUGAUGUGGUUAAUUGUUAUUGCAUAGUGUGUUUAGAGUUUGUCUGGGAAGGGGCCACCAUAAAGUUCAACUUCCCAUCACAGUUAUUGCUUCUGUUUAGGCUUGAUUUUUACUCUUGUUUACAGUGGUGAAACGCGCAACGUCGAUUCAAACAUGAGAGCCUUUUCAUCAUAGAAGAUAUGAUUUAUGCUUAGUCUAUGGUCCCAUUGAAAUGAACAUGCUCUUGCAUAUAAUAUAAGGGAAAAAACAGUAUUGUGGUGCAGAGGCAAAAUUUGCCUUGAUCAAACUGUGAAUGUGUGUAUGAAUAAAUCUUAGCUCUACUUAUGAUUUA